AUGGAGUUGAAAUCUUUAGCUAAUAGAAACAAGAGUAAACGACCUGUUGUUGAGGAGGAUGACUCUGAUUUUGCUCCUCCAUUGUCGAAACGUGGAGUUGCUUGGUGUAAUGAGGUCUGGUGCAGACUAAAUUCACCUAAGCAUAGUUUCUUGACAUGGCUUGCUGUUCAAAACAGGUUGAAGACUCGUGAAAGGCUUUUCAAAUACAAAAUCAUAGACUCUCCUGAUUGCAUUUUAUGCAGCAAUGACAAAGAGAUUGUGGAUCACUUAUUCUUCAAGUGUGAGACUUCACUUGACUGCUUGAAACAACUGAAAGAUUGGUUAAAUUGGCAGGUGAAUUUGGAUUCUCUGCAAGGGCUCCUGAAAUGGAUUAGGAAGUCAAAUAAUUCCAAGUUUCUAAAGAAUGUUAAAAUGGCUACUGUUGCAACUCUUGUCUAUUCGAUUUGGAGGGCUAGAAAUGACUUGUUUUGGAACUCGAACAGGCAGCAGAGUGCUGAGAUUGUGAAGCAGAUUAAAUGGGCUGUUAAAAAUAGAAUAAUGUUUGCAAUGCCAAAAAAAGUAAAGCAAAAAGAUAGAGAUUGGUUCCAACUAUUGUAA